AUGUCAUCUCCUCCUCUCUCCCUUCUCCCCCCUUCCGCAAUCUCCCCUUCAGCAUUUCACCAAGCGCUCAAUCUGUACCCCUCGCUGGUCGAGAAGGUAUACAGAUCCAAGCUCAAAAACGAUCCCAAAAAAGUCGCCGACGCGUUGGAGCGCGAUCUCUGGAGGUUUGAGGAGUUGCCCGCUGCUGUUGCUGCGGCUACUGCCGCCGAUGCUGCCUCGGGCUCUCCUGGAGUCGAACGAGCUCAGGUCGCUGUGCAGGCCUCAAAGAAGGAGAAGAGCAAGACAAAGAGGAGUCUUCCGGAGGCGCCAGACGGCAGUAGUGGUGGGGGUGGAUUGACCAAGGAUGCUGUUGAGAGGCUGGUACAAUGGAAGAUAACCCACGGCCACUCUCGGCCCUUUCUCCCAGCCAUGGUGCGGAAGAACGACGCCUCGGCAAUCCAAACCCAGACGUCUCUCGCUUUCGCCAAACUCUGUCCUCCUUCACCGUCAACGUCAAAGUCAACGCCAACGUCGGCUUCCACGCCUCGUCCUCGUCCAUCCGCCACCACCGUAGCCGAAGCCCUGGACGCGGUCUGCAAAUUGACUGGCAUCGGACCGGCCACAGGGACACUGAUCCUCAACGUCUUCGACCCGGUCCACGUUCCCUUUUUUCAGGACGAAAUGUUCCUGUGGUUCUUCCCCCACGUCGGCAAUAAGCUCAAGUACACGCUCAAGGAAUACCUGCGGCUGCUCGAGGCGGCGGCACCGGUCCUGGAGAAGUUGAACGUCCGGGCCGUCGAGCUGGAACAGGUUGCUUAUGUCCUGGGACACGUGGACGUGUUGGACGCGGCGGAGCGCCAAGCACUAACGGACGUGUUCAAGGAGCGCGAGGGCGAUACUGGUACGAGUCAGGACAGCAAUCGCGGUCCGGACCGAGCAGCGGAGGAUGGUGCUGAUGCGAAGGACACCACGACCAGUACUCCACGGCGAGAGCCAGCACUAGCUGAUAAAGGAAGGAAACGGGUAUCGAGGGAAGACGACAAGGGAGGGGAAACCCGCGCUCCAAAACGACAAUCACAGCGCAAGAAGUGA